AUGACCAAGCUAAAGAAAAGAGUCACAGAGGACAAUGUGGCCAAUAUUAUUGGGAGUGGGAAACACUACAAACCAUCCUUUUUGGAGAAUGAUCAUCCUGGUAGGGACAUAGGAGAAGAGUCCAAGCCCACAGAAUCUAAAGGAAGGGAAGAGAAAGAGGAAGAAGACUCAAGCUCAUGUAUCGGGGUGCCUAGAGAAACUACACCACAAGAAGUGCUAUCUCUCAUGGGAGUCGAGGCCCUAUCUCAUCCUCUUCGUGCCUUUUUCGAUGAAGAACUUCCUCCUGAAGGAGCCACUCACACUAGACCUUUACAAAUCACCAUUGAAUGCAUGGGAACCAAGGUCCCUAUGGUGUUGAUUGAUAAUGGAUUUGCAUCGAAUGUAUGUCCUUUUAGGACCACCCUUACCAUUGGAUUAGAUGUGGAAACAAUCAUACCCUCUCCUUUGACCAUUAAGGCAUAUAACAACACUUCAAGGAAGGUUAUGGGUAAUUUCAAAGCUCCUUGCAAGGUUGGCCCAAUAGAAACAAUUGUGGAAUUUCAUGUCAUGGACAUCACUCCUAAUUACAACCUUCUCUUGGGAAGGGCAUGGCUUCACCCUAUUGGGGCUAUUCCCUAUUCUCUACACCAAAUGAUGAAGAUCCCAUGGAAGGGAGGAAUUGCUGUAGUGCUCGGUCAUGGUGAGAUGCUACCAUUGGUUCGGGAGGAAUUAAGCUCCAAAUGA